AUGGUACGUAUUAAUAAGGAUGAAAUUCAAUAUUUAGACUUAAUAAGAAAUAUAUUGGAGAAUGGUAAAUCUCGUGAUGAUAGAACUGGCACUGGUACCAUUUCUGUUUUUGGAACCCAAAGUAGAUAUAGUUUAAAAAAUGGAACAAUGCCCUUAAUAACAACUAAAAAAACAUUUUGGAAAGGUAUUGUUGAAGAGUUAUUGUGGUUCAUUUCUGGUAGCACUAAUGCAAAGGAAUUAAGUGCUAGGGGGGUUAAAAUUUGGGAAGCAAACGGAAGUAGAGAGUUUCUCGAUAAUCUUGGAUUUACUGAAAGACAAGAAGGCGAUUUGGGACCUGUUUAUGGUUUUCAAUGGAGACAUUUUGGAGCUACAUACAAAGGCGUUGACGCCGAUUAUAGAGGUGAAGGAAUUGAUCAAUUGGCCCAAGUAAUUGAUCAAAUAAAGACCAAUCCUUUUUCAAGAAGAAUUAUUUUAUCUGCAUGGAAUCCAUCUGAUCUUGAUAAAAUGGUUUUGCCUCCAUGUCAUACUUUAGCUCAAUUUUAUGUUCAAGAUGGAGAAUUAAGUUGCCAUUUGUAUCAACGUAGUGGGGAUGUUGGUCUUGGUGUUCCAUUUAACAUUGCUUCAUACUCUCUUUUAACUCAUAUGAUUGCAAAAGUUUGUGGAAUAGCUACAGGUGAAUUUGUUCACACUAUUGGAGAUGCUCAUAUAUACAAAAAUCACAUUGAUGCACUUAAACUUCAAUUAACUCGUGAACCUUAUCAAUUUCCAACAAUAAAGUUUGUUGGUGAUGGUUUAAACACAAUUGAUGAUUUUACUUCUAAAAAUAUUGUUCUUGAAAAUUAUGAAUUUCACCCUCCAAUUAAAAUGGAUAUGGCUGUUUGA